UGAUGCCUGGAUGGGCACAUGGUACAACUGGGCGCGGUCCAACGAAGAACCAUUCACUUUCCCCUGAACCGUAUAAAAGGGAAACAAUCUUGCGGCUGUCUGAGAGUUAAACCAAUUUUCGGCCAGGAGAACUCUUUCUGCUUUGCGCUACCUCGGGAAUAAUUACGAUAUCAAGAUGAAGAUAUGUCUUGCUUUCAUGGUCGCCAUCAUUGGCGUUGGUGUGGUUGUCGCUGAAGAAAAUCUGAAGGAAAGGCUCGUGAUGGCCCUGAAAUCACUUGUACAGGACAAUGAGGAGCUUAGUCUGGAAGCCCGAGACUCUGAGAGUAGGUGUAUGAUGGAUACCAACAACUGCAACGACCACGGUUCAUGUGUAGCAGACCGAUGGGGAUCUUACUACUGCAGGUGUACCUUGCCAUACAGAUAUGGAGGAUCCGACUCUUCUUGCUAUCCGCCACCUGAGACUAAGUCGGAAGACCUAGAGAUGCAAGCCAAAGACACCGAGAGCAGGUGUAUGACAGACACUAACGACUGCAAUGGACACGGUACUUGUGUUCAGAGUACAUUCGGUAGAAGGACUGGACAGUAUAUCUGCCGUUGCGAUGCUGGAUUCAAGAACAACUUUGAUGGCGGUUGCAGUGCCCUUACUGAACGAGAGAUCGAAUACCUGUCCAACGUUGCCCGCGACAUGGAGCUGGAGAUGUUGGCCCGUGACACCAUGUCUCGUUGCGUCUCUGACACACAGAACUGUGACGGGAACGGCAAGUGCACACAGAGUACCUUCGGCCGUUCAAGCGGACAAUACAUCUGUCUCUGUGACGCUGGCUUCAAGAACAAUGCAUAUGGAGGCUGCUCCCCCCAAACAGAACGUGAGGUUGAGUUUCUGGCCAUGCUCUCUCGCGAUCUGCAACUGGAACUGCAAGCCCGUGACACCUUGCGCCAGUGUAACGCUGACACCAACAACUGUGACGGGGCUGGUGAGUGCAAGCAAAGUACCUUCGGACGUAACCUUGGACAAUUUAUCUGUCGGUGUAACACAGGCUACAGCAAUAACCUGUAUGGUGGAUGCUCACCCGACAAAGUUCCUGAGAAUAAAGAAGAAGAUGAGGUCGCAGAUGACGUGUCCAAACGCCGAAUGGAACUUAUGCAGCAAAUAACUGACCUCCUAGCCGAAGUAUAAACCAAGUAUAAAGAGACCAAAACUUUGAUAUCAUUAGAAAAUAUACUAUGCUCCUAAUUUCUAAAAGAUGAAGAUGUGUGUUGUAGGCGUCGUGUAGAAUCGGUGACUAAUCAGAAUUACCUUCCAGUGAAAUAACUUUCCAGAUCUAUAUAUUCAGAGUCAAACUUUUGUAAUAGUUCCCAUCGGAUACGUCAUAGAUUCAGUUUGAACCCGGGGGGCCGUAUCAUAAAGCUGUUCGUAAGUUAAAGAGCGACUGGUUAUCCUUUCUUGUGGUAAAUGAUAUUUACCAUUGAAUGUUCAUUGGUAAUUAUCAGCACAUAAGAAAGAUUCACCGGUCGCUCCUAAAUUCGCUCUUAACUUCCAAACAGCUUUAUGAAACACCCACCAGGUAUAUCGUUAUUUCAAUUGCUACCCUGUAUGAUGUGAAUUCGGUUGGUACCCGGUUUACUAUUAAAUUCGGUUGGCAUUUGGUUUAGUGUAACUUGGUCGGUACCAAAUAUGUCGGAAAUGCUUUGAUAACAAACCAAACUCUCCAAAUAGCUCUGGCACCGUACCCUCAUGAUAUAAAGUCAAAUGAGCUUGCAGUUCGUUAUUAAAUUUGAUUUUUAAAAUCAGUUUCUCUAUUAAAAAGUAAAAGUUUUAGCAUUAUUACCAAUGAUCAGGUUCAUUAAUGUAAAGAUAGUACCAAAGAUAAAAUAUCUAUAGCCACACUUUCAAGUACAUCAAAAAGGCACAAGUGUCUAAUCUUCCAUGAAUAAGUUACCCAGACUAAAAUGACAAUAUCACUGUUUUGAAUAAUAGGUCAAAGAAAUAGGCUUAUCCAACAGAAUAAUUAUAUAAUAUGAUCAAUAACAUCAUAGUGGUUAUUAUUGUGAUUUAUUAUUAUUGUUUAUAACAUUUAUUAUACAUCUGAUGUCUUAUUUUCAAGCUGCUGAGAUUUAAUGUCUACUUCCAUGUUUGCGAAUAAAAUGACAUUUGCAUUUGGAA